AUGAAGAUAGCAGAGGGUGUUGCCAAGGCUUUAGAAUAUCUGCAUAAUCAAAAGCUUCCUCCUAUAAUUUAUGGUGGCUUGAAAACAACUGGUAUUUUACUCGAUGAAAAUUAUAAUCCAAAGCUGUCAGAUUCCAACUGUGUAAACCAUGUUGCUAGAUCGGGUUAUACCGGGGAGCAUGAAAAGUUGGCAUACGGUUAUAUUGCUACAGAGUUGUUUUUUAGUAGCAGAGUCUCUUUCAAAACCGAUGUCUAUAGUUUUGGUGUUGUUUUGGUUGAGUUGAUCUCUGGGCGGAAGGCAAUUGAUAGAACCCGAACCAGCGGUGAAAUCUGUAUGGCUUUAUGGGCACGACGGUUACUCCGUAGUAAGAAGUUCAAAGAAAUAGCUGACCCGCUCAUGAAAGGACAGUAUCCAUAUCGCGGACUUGUCCAAGCUCUUGGGCUUGUGAAGAUGUGUAUACAUCGAAAGUUUAUCAAAAGACCUCCUAUAGCAGAAGUUGUGACUACUCUUUCGAAAAUAGCCUCACAAAUUUACGAAGAAGAACGGGGUACAACCGAAGCUGGUGUACAACGGAAUCUGGUCAAUUUACUCCAUCAACCAUGCUGCAGGACACAAGUAGUAGUAGAGUAG